AUGGCACCAGCACCACUGCUAGAUGUGCAGGUCCAGCCUCCGAACGGAGAGUCCUCCACUCCCCAGUCGAAGUCCCAGAAAGCCACGACCAAGGCUGAACGGCGCGCAUUGCAGGAAAAGCAAAGAGCUGCCAAAGCGGUUAAGGCUGCAGCGGUACCUAAUGGCGUAAACGGGAAGCAAGGAAACAAAACUCCUCUACCUUCAUCCUCCAACUCACCUGCUCCGAAGAAGGCAGUGAAGACGGAGACUCCACUCAAGCCUGCAUUCGCCGCGAUGAACAAGGGCGCGAAGGAUGCAAAACUCGGGACUGUUUCUUCUGUAGAUGCAGUCGUUGAUAGGGCCCGUGGCUUGCGUAUAUUUUCACAUUUUGGGCUGCCGAAACCUGUGAGCGUGGGCAAGGGGGAUAUCCAUCCCACAAUUGUACGACUCGCCUUACUAUUCUCAAAUUUCAAAAUAGUGGGUGCAAACGCUCGCUGUAUUGCUACCCUCACUGCAUUUAAAACGGUAAUCCAAGACUAUGUCACACCGCCCAACAACACCCUUUCUCGCCAUCUCAUGACACAUUUGUCUCCUCAAAUCAGCCAUCUUGUAGCUGCCAGACCCAUGUCCGUGACGAUGGGCAAUGCAAUUCGUCAGCUCAAGUUGGAGAUCAGCGGGUCGGACAUAGACCUCCCGGAACAAGAUGCGAAAGACGCCCUUUGCCAGAAAAUUGACAAUUACAUCCGUGAUCGAAUUAUUAUUGCAGAUCAAGUAAUCCAAGAAACUGCGGGCAACAAAAUCAAAGAUGGAGAUAUCAUCCUGACGUACGCAAGAUCCUCAGUCGUUGAGAAGGUUCUGCUGGGAGCACAUUCCGAGGGUCGCAACUUUUCUGUGAUUGUUGUCGACUCAAGACCAAUGUUGGAAGGCAAGCGACUAUUGUCCGUCUUGUCUUCUGCAGGCGUACACUGCUCGUAUCUUCUGCUUCCCGCUCUCGGUUCUGUCAUCACUGAGGUCUCCACCGUGCUCGUUGGGGCACAUUCGAUACAUUCGAAUGGUGCCUUGUUCUCUCGAGCUGGGACUGCUCUCAUAGCCAUGAUGGCCAAACAGCACUCAGUCCCCGUCGUGGUGUGUUGCGAGACAUACAAGUUUUCGGAGGGUAUCCAGUUGGAUAGUUUCACUAAAAAUGAAUUAGCUCCGCUCGGAGAUCUGUUCUCUUCGUUUCCUCUGACGAAGCCUCGGGAUGCGUUGGCUCUCCAGAAUCAGCCUAAUCUUGAGAUCCUGAACCCGCUUUAUGAUCUCACUCCCCCAACUUGCAUUACCGCUGUCGUCACGGAAGUCGGUGUUAUUCCCCCGAAUUCUAUGAGCUCCAUUCCUCUUGCUCUCGGCAGACUUCUUUGA